AUGUGCUUCACUUGUUCGUCUUCUGGUGUGGAGCAGCACUUCUCAAAAGUGGAGCGAUGCCACCUGGAGCGCGGAAAUGGAAGCAGUGAUGCAUUCCGCCGUGCUACCAUAGCCCUUGCUGACACGGCAUCUUCCCAGGCAGCGUCUGAUGCGUUGGUCAGGGACGCUCGCAAAAUCUACGCGGCUGGGCGUGUAGGGACUUAUUGCAGGGAGACAAAAAAGCCCAGGCGAACCAAAGGCACAGUCAGGCGCACUGGGAAGCUCGCUGGUCUUACCGUGGGCGCGGAAUCUGAAGCAAGCUGGCUACGCAAGCGCCGCUCAGACCUUGACGCAGUAGUUGAGGAGACGCCGCCAGCCAAGCGACUCAUUGACAACGAGCCUGAGUCUGGACUGACCCCAAGCCUGAAGAAAGAGCAGCGGCGAUUGCAGGGGGUGGUGGAGAAGCGGCGGCUGGAGGCGCAAAUGGACGGGUGCCUAUUAGAUUCUGAGAAGGCGUCGGAGAAAGCGAUCGAGGCCCACAAGAAGCAUUUUGCAAAGGAGGAUGCGAAACGAAUAAGGGAGGAUGAUUGCGGAGCGGCUUUGUGGCAAAUGACUGCUGUCAAGCGUGAGCGACGUUUUUUCGAGCUGCUUAUUCUGGCUGCCCGACAAGAACAACGACCAUCGACGGCAGCU